CCUCGCCCCCUCCCCUGCCUCGUCGCCGGGCGCUGGCGCUCCAGCUGUUUGUAGGCCCUGGGGCGAGGGUCGGGGAAGGGAGGCCCGGCUGCCGCCCCCUGGCCGCCCGCUCCCACCGUCCCCACGACCCCCGCGCCCUCGCCGGAGCCGGCUGCCCGACUGGCUGCCCGCGCUUCUGACUGACAGACGCGGUUCCCCGGCAGCCGGGCUGCCCGCCACGUCCCCGGUUGUCGGCCGACGGCCACGCGUGGCGAGCGACCUUUCGGAGCCCAGCGCGAUGUCGGCUCCCCGCUCCGGGCGGGCGCCGCUCCCUCCGUGGCCCGGACGCGGACUCCGGCUCCGGCUCGUGCGGCCCUCGCCGGCCUCGUCGUCGCUGCCUCCGCCGCCGUGGCGGUUGGUGCUGCUGUCGCUGCUGCUGCUGGCGGCCGCGGGCCCGGCGCGUGGCUGGGAGAGCGGGGACCUGGAGUUGUUCGACCUGGUGGAGGAAGUGCGGCUCAACUUCUACGAGUUCCUCGGGGUGCCGCAGGAUGCUUCAUCUGCAGACAUCAGAAAAGCAUAUCGCAAGCUUUCACUGACUUUACAUCCAGACAAGAAUAAAGAAGACAAUGCAGAAACUCAGUUUAGACAAUUGGUGGCCAUUUAUGAAGUUUUAAAGGAUGAUGAAAGAAGACAGAGGUACGAUGAGAUUCUGCUCAAUGGACUUCCAGAUUGGAGACAGCCUGUAUUCUACUACAGGCGGGUGAGAAAAAUGAGCAAUGCUGAGUUGGCAUUACUCUUGUUCAUUAUUCUCACAGUGGGUCAUUAUGCUGUGGUUUGGUCCAUCUACCUAGAAAAACAGCUGGAUGAGCUUCUUAGUAGAAAAAAGAGAGAAAAGAAAAAAAAGACAGGCGGCAAAAGUAUGGAUAUAGCAAAACUUGGUGCUUCAGAAAAAAAUGAAAGAUUGCUAAUAAAACCACAGUGGCAUGAUUUGCUUCCAUGCAAGCUGGGAAUUUGGUUUUGCCUAACAUUAAUAGCACUGCCUCAUCUAAUCCAGGAUGCUGGGCAGUUUUAUGCUAAAUAUAAAGAGACAAGAUUGAAGGAAAAGGAAGAUGAAUUGACUAGAACUGAACAUGAAACACUUCAAAAACAGAAGAAAGUUAAAGUUAAAAAACCCAAACCUGAAUUUCCUGUAUACACGCCAUUAGAAAAUACAUAUAUUCAGUCUUACGAUCAUGGAGCUUCUAUAGAAGAAAUUGAGGAGCAAAUGGAUGACUGGCUGGAAAACAGAAACAGAACACAUAAAAAACAGGCACCUGAAUGGACAGAAGAGGACCUCAGCCAGCUGACAAGAAGUAUGGUUAAGUUCCCAGGAGGGACGCCAGGUCGAUGGGAAAAGAUUGCUCACGAAUUGGGUCGAUCUGUGACAGAUGUGACAACCAAAGUCAAGCAACUAAAGGAUUCAGUUACCUGCUCCCCAGGGAUGGUCAGACUCUCUGAACUCAAGUCAAGAGUCCAGAGUUCCAAAUCCCUCAAGAUGACCACGGCCUUGCCGGAUGACAUAAUCACUCAGAGAGAAGAUGCCGAGGGCGCUGUGGAGGACGAGGAACCCGAGGCCGAAGCCAGCGAGCCGGAGGUGGCAGCCCUGGAAGGCCGGCCCCGGCGGAGGAAAGCCCCCAGGCUCCCUGAAGCGGCAGCCAAGGUGGAGCCAGAGGAGAAGUCAAGGGGCAAAAGGCAGAAGGACUUCGAUAUGUCGGAACAGCAUGAAUCCAGUGAUGAAGAGAGUCAGAGGAAAGAGAGAACUGCUGCUGCCGAGGAGGCGUGGACUCAGAGUCAACAGAAACUCCUGGAAUUGGCGUUACAGCAGUACCCGAAGGGAGCCACUGACCGCUGGGACAAAAUAGCCAAAUGUGUCCCCUCUAAGAGUAAGGAAGACUGUGUCGCUAGGUACAAGCUGCUGGUUGAACUGGUCCAAAAGAAAAAACAAGCAAAAAGCUGAAUGUUCUGGAAGAUGACGUUGCCUUCACUUUCCAAAAUGAGUAUUUCAAAAAUCUUACGCAGAGAUUUGCAUUUUGUACCUCAGUAUUUCUAUACAUCAUGUGCCUUAGUAUAAACAGACAAAUAAUAAAUAAAUGUUUAAACAAA